AUGGCACCAGUUGCAACUUAUUUCACUAUCAACGAAUCAACCAAUUCAACUACUAGUAAUAGUAGUAGUACAAUCCAUGUUAAAGCAAUGGAUACUAUUCAUUAUACUUUAUAUUAUGGUACAUUUAUACAUACACCUGAAUUAAAUGAAUUGGAAAUUAAUUUUAAUACCCUUGUUGGUGUUAAUUCUGAAGGUAUUAUUGAUUUCAUUGAAAAAGAAUAUCAUCCAAAUAAUCAUAAUAAUAAAUCACCAAUUGAAUAUUUUAUUGAUUGUUACUAUAAUGAUGAUGACAAUGAUAACACACAAGGUAGACGCAGAGGUAGAGGUAGAAGAGAUUAUAGACAUUUUGAAUUUAUUGAUUAUUCACAUGAUUUAGGAAAAUUCUUCAUACCUGGAUUUAUUGAUACACAUAUUCAUGCAUCCCAAUUUCCAAAUUGUGGUAUUGGAUUAGGUAUACCAUUAUUAAAAUGGUUAAAAGAAUAUACUUUCCCAUUAGAAGAAAAAUUUACUAAAGAAAAUAUUAAUUUAACCAUUGAUAUAUAUUCAAAAAUUAUUGAAAAAACUUUAAAUAAUGGAACUACAUGUGCUUCAUAUUUUACAACUAUUGAUUCAUUUACAAGUAAAAUUUUUAGUGAAUUAUUAUUAAUUAAAGGACAACGAGGAUUUGUUGGGAAAGUUUGUAUGGAUCAUAAUGAACCAUAUCCAAAUUAUGAGGAAUCUUUAACUGAUUGUAUUGAAUCAAUGAAUGAAGUUAUUAAUUAUAUUGAAGAUUUAAAUCCUAAAAAUGAACAAUUGAUAAUUCCUAUAAUAACUCCAAGAUUUGCUCCUGUUUGUUCAAGAGAUUUAUUAAAAUAUUUAGGGAAUUUAAGUAAAUCUAAAAAAUUACCUAUACAAACUCAUAUAAGUGAAAAUAAAGAUGAAAUUAAAUUAGUUAAUGAAUUAUUUCCUGAUUGUGAUAAUUAUGCAACUGUUUAUGAUAAACAUAAUUUAUUAAAUUCAAAUACUAUAUUGGCUCAUUCAAUCCAUUUAAAUAAAAAAGAACGUGAAUUAAUUAAAUUUAAAAAUUGUUCAAUAAGUCAUUGUCCAACUUCAAAUACUUUUAUAUCAAGUGGUGAAGCUCCAAUUUAUAAUUAUUUAUAUCAUGAUAAAAUUAAUGUUUCUUUAGGUACUGAUGUAAGUGGAGGUUUUGAUUGUUCAAUUUUACAAAUUAUAAAACAUUCAAUAUUAGUAAGUCAUCAUUUAUCAAUGAAGAAAGAUCAAGAUCAAAAAAUUUCAAUUAAAGAUGGGAUUUAUAUGGCUACAAUGGGUGGUGCUAAAGCAAUUGGAUUUCAAGAUAUUUUAGGUUCUUUUGAAAUUGGUAAAAAAUUUGAUACUCAAUUAAUUGAUUUAAAUUUUAAAAAUUCAAAUGUUGAUGUUUUUAAUUGGCAAUUACCUAAUCUUGAUCAAGAUAAUAAUAAUAAAUAUGAUAAAAUGAAUGAUUUAUUAAGUAAAUGGAUUUUCACUGGUGAUGAUAGAAAUUGUAUUAAAGUUUGGUGUAAUGGAAGAUUAAUUAUAAAUAAAGAAAAAUCAAAUCAUCGAGAUGAUAGAUGGAUUAUAAAUUAA